CAACAACAGUAGUAUCUCCCCAAGCAGAGCAAGACAUGAAUAACAACUCAACAUCAACCACACACACACACACACACCCCCCACAAUUACAUAUUUACUACUACAUUUGUUCCUUCUUUUCACUUCAUACCCCACCACUCCCAUUUCCACUCCUUCACACAUCCAUUAACCAUCACCACCAAGAAACAUCACCCACGAUUCUCUCUCAACAAUGACAAAGCCAAAAUCUACCAACGAAGAUAACAGCACCACCACCACCAACAACAACAACAUGAGUCUUCUCUUAGUAUUAUUCCCACAAGACAAAUCAUCCACCACAACAACAACUAAACUAAAUUCACCUUCCUCUUCCUCUUCUUUCUCACCAUCAUCUUCUUCUUCAAAAUCUCUCAUUAUCUCCAAAGCACAAUCUACACUCUCAAUCUGUGCACUUCUCCUCUUCACAACUCUCCUCCUCUUCACCCUCUCCACACUCCCAACCACCCCACCAUCACCAUCCCCCUUACGACGUCGUUUCCUUCUUAACCACCACAACAACCACCAUUUUGCUCUUCAAAAAAUGGGCACCCUCUAUCUCCGUGGCACUAAACCCAUGUCCGAUCUUCUCAUCUGCCAUGUCUCAGAUGAAACCUCCCACGAAGAUUUCCGUUUCUUCUUAAGACUCCUUCAUCUUUCCACCAUCAUUUCCUCCACCGACGUUGUUUUCAUCUUCUCUUCUCCUUCUUCUUCUUCCUCUUUCUCACACAUUAUUCAACAAGAAAAUCAUUCUUUCAUAACACUCCUUCAUUCCCCAAACAACACAUUUUUCAACACUUCUCGUUUCUUUCAUAAAGGAAAUAACCACCCAGUUCAAGAACCCUUAUGGGGUAAUAAAAUACGAAACAACGCUACCACUGCUUCACUGAGUUAUGGGUCGGUACUAAGUUUUGACGCAACUGAACUCGAUCCAGAAAACUCAUUAUCUGGUUUUCUGGACCGAGUUCCGUUUAGUCUACGACGCUGGGCAUGUUACCCAAUGCUACUUGGUCGUGUUCGACGCAACUUCAAACACGUGAUGCUUUUAGACACAAAAACAAUUCUCAUUCUUCGUGACCCGUUUAACCGAGUCAAGAAUCGGAGUCCAGAAUCGGUUUUACUCUUCAACAAACACGGAAAAAAGCUUCAGUCAAGCACUCAGCGUGCUGUUCUACCCGCCGUUGUCAUUGGCGGCGCUCGCGGUGUUCGAAGGUUGUCUAAUGCAGUCAUGGUUGAGAUCGUUCGUGCUGCAACUCAGCAUAGGAAGAAGAAAAACUCGGUUACGGAAUCGGUUUUGCUGAGUCAACUCGCGAGUAACGAGUUUCUAUUGAAGAGUAAGAAUGUUCAAUUAAAUGUUUUGAACGAGUUGAUACCUGAAGUGAGUUCACUCAAUGGGCAUAAUCAUGCAAUAAUUCAACGUGGUAUGAAUAAUCAUGAUUUAAAUUCUGUUAUUAAGAAACAAAUUUGUUCGUCGGUGGUAGAUUCUUCUUCUGUUUAUAGAGAUUGUUAGUUAUAGUUAGUUACCACAGAAAAUAAAAGUACACGAAGGUGUAAAAAAAAUAAAAAAAUAAAAUCAUAUUUAUUAUUUUUUAUAAUGAUAGUUUUAAAUUUUAAUU